AUGGAGCUGCUGCCCAGGGGAGUCGUUGUCAUUGCGGGAGGUGGACCAGUCGGUCUGCUACUUGCGCGAGUUCUCUCCUUCUAUGGUGUGAAGUCGAAACUGUUCGAACGCAAUAAGACCACCACCAAGUGGCCCAAAAUGGACCUGACCAACGCUCGAUCAAUGGAGAUAUUUCACAAGCUGGGCCUCGCCGAUGACCUCCGAAAGCAAGGCGUGCCGCCGGGUAUCGAUCAGAAUGUCAUCAUAUCCACUGGGCUCUCUGCUGAAAAGCCGCUCACGCAGUGGGACCUCCCAGGAGUGGACAAAUUCAGAUCUCAAAUCCAGAACACAAAUAACGGCACACAGCCCCAAGAGCCCUGGCAGAGAGUGUCUCAAGCCAUCUUUGAAAGAUGGCUGAAGAACAUCUGCGACGACGAUCCUCUUAUUGACCUCAACUAUGGUUUCAAGGUUGAACACGUUGAAGAGCGAGAGGACUUCGCACACACGACAAUCACAGACAUGAAUACCGGAGAGAGAACCGUUCUAAGAUCCGACCAUGUCGUGGGAUGCGACGGCGCCUCUAGUCGAACGCACCCUCUUGUGCCUUACUAG